CAAUGUCGCCAGACUUUCAAUCCAUCAUCCGACUACAGUCUCUCGUUCCACUCUAUAACAUGAUGCAGAACCUCACCACCACACUGUCAGCCUGCAACGCCAGCUCCAUCCCGUACCCCGUCGUCUUCGGCGCCAAUGUCCUGGACCUUACCGCUACGCUCGUCCAAAACUACACGGGGGCUUUUGACCCGGAAACCCAGAGCCAUUCCAUCGCCGCGCGCAACAUCGACUUUUGCAACGUGACCGUAACAUACACCCACGAAGGCCAGAACGAGACCAUCAAUGUCGAGACGUGGCUCCCAAUCGACAAAUGGAACGGACGACUGCAAGCUGUAGGAGGCGGAGGCUGGGUUGCUGGCCGGUUCUCUAUAUCCUACCUAGCCAUGGAUGACGCACUAGGUGAAGGCUAUGUGGCGACGACGACAGACGGCGGCUUAGGCACAUCAGCUUCUCCUGAUCCGUGGGCGCUCAACAGCCCUGGCAAUGUUAAUCUGUAUGCCCUACAGAAUCUCGCCUCCAGAUCUCUCAGCGACCAGUCUUUCAUCGCCGAAGACGUCACCAAGUCUUUUUACGGACAGGCUGCCAAGUUUUCGUACUGGAACGGAUGUUCUCAAGGCGGUCGACAAGGCUUUAUGCUCGCGCAGCGCUACCCUGAAGCCUACGACGGCAUUGUGGCGGGAGCACCUGCGAUCAACUGGAACGAGUUGUUCUUCAACGCAGCAUGGGCGCAAGUCAUGAUGUCAAUGACAAACCAGUUCCCCACGAAGUGCGAAUUGGACGCCCUUACUCAAGCUGCUGUCGCCUCUUGCGAUCUUCUUGAUGGUGUCGCCGACGGCAUGAUCAGCGACGUGGACAACUGCUUCUUCGACCCGUUCUCGAUGGUCGGCAGCGUUCGCAAUUGUACGUCGACUGGAAAGGCUGUCACCAUUAGCGAAGGAGCUGCAGUCAUCGCAAACGCUACAUGGGAAGGCCCCCGAGGACCUGACGGCGAGUUCCUCUGGUACGGCGUUGACCUCGCGAGUGAUCUGACUGGUAGUGAUGGAUCGGACGGUUCUCCAUUCCAGCUGGCCAUUGCAACAACCACAUGCAACGCGAAUGGUACAUGUACCGGAGCUCCUGCUGGCCUUGGUGAAGCAUGGCUACAACUUUUCGUCAAGAAGGACCCUGAGUGGAACUACACGCUGAUCAGCUCGGUGGAAGAGUACACGCGUCUCUUAAAGUCGGCAAUCCAGGAGUACGAAUCCAUCAUCGAGACUGCGGAUCCAGACCUUUCGGAGUACCGCAAGGCAGGUGGCAAAAUCAUGACAUUUCACGGCUUGGCCGACGGCAUUAUCCCGCACAAGGCAACUGACGACUACUAUCGUCGCGUGAUGGACCUUGAUACCAACGUGGAUGACUUCUUCCGCUACUUCCAAGUCCCCGGACUCGGGCAUUGCAAAGGUGGUCCUGCCGGUGAGCCUCCCGCCACGUUCCAUGCGCUCGUCGACUGGGUCGAGAAGGACGUCGUGCCAGAGACCUUGCCCGUGAGCUUCAACGAUACGGCCGGGACACACUACGACAGGUUCUUGUGCCCUUACCCAAUGAAGACACGCCUUAUCUCGAAGGAUAGCGAUGUUACGAAGGCAGAGUCGUACGAGUGCGCUCUUUGAACGUGCGACGGGGUAUAUGCAGAAGCAGCUUUGCUAUUUGAUCUUUAAGAUGUACUUGCCGGUUAUAUAGAGGAGUUGUGUUCGCGUUCAAUGUUGUAAUAAUAGAAACUAUUCACUUUCGCUUUAAGCUCUUCGCCCACGUGCUCUGCGCACGUUAUUUGAGCGAGCUAUUUGCACACGUUCUCUGCGCCAGUUCACACCAUAAAGCGCUCUCUUAUCUCGUC